GCCUGCUGCCCCUCGGCGCUGCUCCUGCUCCCGCUGCCCUGCCUGCUGUUGCUCCUCCAUCUCCAGAUCGGAUCACGGUGAGGGAAAGAUGAGCGAGGAGACGGCGACUUCUGACAACGAUAAUAGUUAUGCCCGAGUGCGAGCUGUGGUGAUGACCCGGGAUGACUCAAGUGGCGGAUGGCUACCACUUGGAGGGAGCGGACUAAGCAGCGUCACUGUCUUCAGAGUCCCUCAUCAGGAAGAGAAUGGCUGUGCUGACUUUGUUAUCCGUGGAGAGCGGCUCAGGGACAAAAUGGUGGUUUUGGAAUGUAUUCUUAAAAAAGACCUCAUUUAUAAUAAGGUCACACCAACAUUCCAUCAUUGGAAGAUUGAUGACAAGAAGUUUGGCCUUACCUUUCAAAGUCCUGCUGAUGCUAGGGCAUUCGAUAGAGGUAUUCGAAGAGCUAUAGAGGAUAUUUCUCAAGGAUGCCCACCAUCAAAAAUUGAACCUGAAGGAACAGAGGGUGAUUUACAAGCAACUGAAGAGGACACUUCCAGUUCUCUAGCAAGAGAACACUUUUUCCAUCAGGAGACAGUUGUUACCAGUGACCCUUACAGAAGCUCCAGUAUAAGACUAACUCCCUUUGAAGAUCUGAACGCCAGAAGAGUUUACUUGCAAAGCCAAGCCAAUCAGAUAACAUUUGGUCAGCCAGUCCUAGACAUUCAGAACAGAAGUAUGGAAUAUGUACAACGGCAAAUAUCUAAGGACUCUGGAAGUCUAAAGUCCCAAAAUAGGGUCCCUCUGAAAUCAAUCAGACAUGUCAGCUUUCAAGAUGAGGAUGAGAUUGUCAGAAUAAAUCCUCGAGAUAUCUUAAUACGCCGAUAUGCAGACUACAGGCAUCCGGACAUGUGGAAAAAUGACUUGGAGAGAGAUGAUGCUGACUCUAGUAUUCACUUUUCUAAACCAGACAGUAAAAAAUCAGACUAUCUCUAUUCUUAUGGAGAUGAGACUAAGUUAAGUUCGCUCAAAGACUCUGUGGUAUUUAAGACACAACCUUCCUCAUUAAAAGUUAAGAAGUCAAAACGAAGAAAAGAGGAUGGUGAACGUUCUCGCUGCGUAUACUGCCAGGAAAGGUUUAAUCAUGAAGAAAAUGGCAGGGGGAAAUGUCAGGAUGCUCCAGAUCCUAUUAAAAGAUGCAUAUAUCAAGUUAGUUGCAUGCUCUGUGCAGAGAGCAUGUUGUAUCAUUGUAUGUCAGACUCAGAGGGAGAUUUUUCUGAUCCCUGUUCUUGUGACACUAGCGAUGACAAGUUCUGCUUACGAUGGUUAGCCCUGGUAGCUUUGUCUUUCAUUGUCCCAUGUAUGUGCUGCUAUGUCCCCUUGAGAAUGUGCCAUCGCUGUGGUGAGGCCUGCGGGUGCUGUGGUGGGAAACAUAAAGCUGCUGGAUGAAAGGAUCCAGUACCAAAAUGAGCUUAAAAUCUUUGUUUCCAGGAAUUAGCUAACUUGGAUUUGUGGAAGCUUUUGGCAAGCAGUGUGGAACCUUGCCUGGUGUCACUGGGGUCACACAUGGAGGAAGUGGAACUCAUCAGUUCUUGGCAUUUCACAUGCUAGCCAUGCAUAACUUUUUCCCUUGAGUGCAUGGCAUAUUUUGUUACAGGUUGUAGAGUACUCGCAGAAGGAAAUCAUUUCUGGUUCUUGACUAUAAAAAGUCAGAAUAAAAUAUGAUCUGACUAAAAGGGAUUAAUUUUGGCAUUUUUGUAUAUUUAUGCAUUAGGUGAUGGGACUUUUAAAAGGUUUGAUUAUAUUAGGACAUGAAAUAAGAAUAAAAGUGCACUAGGGGACAGUUUAUUUCAAUCUAAGAAAAGUUAUUAACACUUGGAAAUUACAAGCAGUAAAGUGCAACUAAAUCAUUAGUUGGUUUUUGAAAGCAGUUUUAUGUAUAAAUAACAAAUGUUUAUAUUUAACUAAAUGUAAGGUACGAAUUAUUACAUAUUAAACUUUUCUUGCCCU